UCAAUUCUUUCUGCUUGUAAGAGCAACCAUCCAUUACCAUGGCUCGGCCUAAAUACGCCUUUCAUCUAUUUCUCUUUCUGCUCUUAUUUUGUCCUCUUGCUGCAUUCCCUCAGGGGCCGUCUGGGGCGUGGUUGAAUCAUGGUGGAGAUUUGUUCAACAGAAGAUUCGCAUCCAAGGAACGUAAGAUCAGCCCCGAAACAGUUCACAAACUGGCUUUGAAAUGGAAAUUCUACACAGGCGAUGACGUUUCUGCCACUCCAGCCAUCUUCAACGGAACCAUUUAUUUUCCAAGCAGGAACGGUAAUGUGUACGCGGUGAAAGAGGCAACUGGUUUUCUUGUAUGGGAGCAAAACGUGGGCAACGUAACAGGAUUCAAUGCUACUGGUCUUUCGGCUGGAGCUAGCUUUUCUAGGUCAACUCCCACCAUUGUCCAUGAUGCUGAUUUGCUUAUCACUGGAGUCUACGGCCCUGCUGCGGUCAUGGCUCUUAGAAGAAGCACCGGCGAGCUGAUGUGGUUGACUCGCUUGGAUCCUCACCCUGCAGCCGUUAUCACCAUGUCCGGUACUUACUACAACGGGAGUUUCUAUGUUGGCGUAUCUUCAGUGGAAGAAACUUACAGCAUUAACAAAUGCUGCGUAUUUCGUGGGAGCCUCGCGAGGUUAGAUGCUCGAAGUGGCCAUAUCUUGUGGCAGACCUAUAUGCUUCCAGAUAACAAUAACCAGAGAGGAGACUAUUCAGGAGCUGCUAUUUGGGGAAGCAGCCCCUCCAUUGAUCCACUGCGAAACCAUGUCUACGUCGCCACAGGAAACCUAUACUCCGCCCCUGAUCGUAUUGUUCAGUGCCGGCGUAGGCAGCUGAAUCGAACUGUGCCCAUUGAACCAGACCCAUGUAUUGAGACUGAGAAUCACUCUAACUCAAUGCUGGCCCUUGACUUGGAUUCCGGGAAUAUCACAUGGUACCAUCAAUUGGGAGGCUAUGAUGUUAGUAGCGGAGACUGUCUCAACGCUUCAGCCGCUCCUCCUUCUUGUCCUCCUCUGGGUGACGACCCAGAUACUGAUUUUGCAGAGGCACCCAUGGCUCUCACUAUAUCUCAUGCCAAUGGAACCAAACAAGACAUUGUUGUGGCUGUCCAAAAGAGCGGUAUUGCAUGGGCUCUGGACCGAGACAAUGGAAAUCUCGUUUGGUCUACGAAAGCUGGACCUGGUGGUGCAGCGGGAGGAGGAAUGUGGGGCUCAGCGACAGAUGAAGCAAGGGUUUACACCAACAUUGUGAACUCAGAUGGCAAGAAUUUCAGUCUGUUACCAUCAAAGAAGACGACGAGAGGCAGUGGGUGGGUGGCGAUGGACGCAAGCAACGGCAAAAUCUUAUGGUCCACAUUGGACCCUCAGAACUUAACGCUUGGACCAGUGAGUGUGGCAAAUGAUGUUAUGUUUGCAGGAUCCGCAGCCCCAGAUGGGUCUAUUUAUGGGAUUCAUGCAAAAACUGGUCACAUUCUCUGGUCCUUCGAAACUAACGCAACUGUUUAUGGAGGCGUAUCCAUCAACAAUGGCUGCAUCUACGUUGGUCAUGGUUAUAUUGUGGGCCUCGUCCCUUUCUUUACCAAGGGAACCCAUGUCUUUGCCUUCUGCCUCUGAAUAAAGAGGAAUCACGCUUACGUAGUUAGGUCCCGAAGAAUAAAUUAAAUAAAAGUAUUUUUAAAACGAAAACUCAAAUAUGAUCAAUGGGCAAAUAUAGAGGGCAUGAGAUUGAUUGCCUUCGGCUUGGGUCACAACACACAUAUUUAAAUAAUUACCGUUAUUAUUUGAGGCCAUAGUUUCUCAAACUUAAUUCCUUUUUUGCUUGCAAGAGAGCAACCACCCAUCCCCAUGGCACCUAUAAAGAACGCCUCUCAUCUAUUUAUUUGUUUGCCGUUAUUUUGUCCUCUAGCAGUAAUAUUAUCUCAGGAA